AUGAAGUAUAAGGUUGCAUUCACCAGACGUCUUCUGCUGUUGUUCAUUUGUUUUAAUGUCGUGCUUGGCAAAACUCCACAAGAAUGGAAAUCCCGCGUAGUGUAUCAGAUUCUGACGGACCGGUUUGCGCAUACGGACAAGUCCCCAGAUGAGGAUUGUCAGGAACUGUACGAGUAUUGUGGCGGCACGUUCAAGGGCAUUGAGAAUAACUUGGACUACAUCAACGGUCUUGGGGCGAAUGCUAUCUGGAUUUCACCAUUUGCUGAAAACACAGAACUCGGUUUUCAUGGUUACUGGUCAAAAAAUAUAUACGAGACGAACCCACAUUUUGGCAGCAAACAGGACCUCAAAGACCUGAUAGCAGCGUGUCACAGUAGAGACGUGUGGGUCAUGGCAGACUUAGUACUGAAUCACAUGGGAUAUCCUGACGGCUGUCACUGGAGUGGAUGUCCUAUAGAUAAUGCAAAUAACUUCACUGAAUUUGUCCCGUUUAACGACGAAGCUGACUACCACACCUACUGUGAUAUCGAUUGGAGCAACGAACAACAAGAAAAUGUUGAAAUGUGUCGGUUGGCUUACCUCCCUGAUCUGAAUCAGACAGUCGCGACCGUGCGCGAGACAUUGUUGAACUGGGUUCGUGACCUCAACACGGAGUAUGGUUUUGAUGGAUAUCGAUUGGAUUUUGUAAAAGGGAUAUCCAAAGAUUUUUGGGCAGAAGUCGAUGAAGCUAGCGAUUCUUUCACUCUGGGAGAGGCAUCUGACUGGAGAACCGAUUUUGUAGCCAGUUAUCAAGGUUCCUUAGAUUCGUUACUUUCAUUUCCGAUGUACUAUACCUUAGAGGAUGUCUUCCAGACCUCUCCACUGGGAAAAUUGACACAGAUUCAUGACCAGCUUUUGCGGGAGGCCGACGAAUAUCAGGACACGUCAGUUCUUGGUGGUUUCCUUGACAACCAUGACCGAAAACGAUUCCUGGCUAACAAUGGCAACUCAGCAACACUGCGGAGUGCGUUAGCUUAUCUGCUAAUGGCUAAAUGGAUUCCAAUCAUAUAUUACGGAACAGAGGUUGGUUUUGAUGGCGGUAAUGAUCCACAGAAUCGCGAGUCUCUUUGGCCUCAUUAUGACACCAGUCAUGAACUAUAUCAGUUUAUUGCUGACGUGAAUACGUUUAGUCGCAGUCUGGGUCAGAAUUUCAUUGACAGCGACCAGACUGAAACAACGUAUGACGAUGAGUUCUAUUCGUUCACUAGACUGGAUGUAAGUAGCAUGGUGUAA